UGCAUAUAACACGUUGACCGCGGGCCUUAAAUCUUGUAUGUAUACACUGUCACAAGGCCCGCUUCUUCAUAGGUGAACUUUAACGUCGCCCCAUAGCAGGUCUAUUGAACUCUAAGACCCUCCCUAGCAUCGAAGGGCAUUUAAUUUUUUCUUUUGUGUACCGGUUUUUUAUUUUAUUUUAACAGAAAAGUAUCGAUGUAAAUCUUUUUUGAAUGCAGUUAGGUUAAACUUCGACUGAUGCCGUAAAAAUCAUUCAAAGGACUCUUUUGCAAGCUUGGAUGAUUUUCUUAUCGUAGAGGGUAUAUUUAAUUUCUUCACAUAUACGAAGCGACUGUCUUCGUUUAUUUUUCUACAAAUAUUUUGUUUUAUGGAUUCCGCGUGAAAAGUCCUUCCUACAAGACACAGUGUUCAUUUUUUAAGAAUUCAAAGCGUCCCUUACCAACAACUUCCCCAAAAUGGGAAAGGAAAGUGAGGCAAAUAAUGUAGGAUUAGAAAUCCAGGAGGAGCACGGGGAAGGAAUCAAGAAGAGGGAGACCUGGACCAGAAAAAUAGACUUUCUUUUGGCAUGCAUUGGAUUUUCUGUUGGACUUGGAAAUGUAUGGCGUUUCCCGUACCUCUGCUACAAAAACGGAGGGGGUGCUUUCCUCAUUCCUUAUUUCCUGUUGGUGAUCAUUGGGGGCGUGCCGCUGUUUUAUUUAGAAGUGGCAGUUGGUCAGUUUAUGGGAUUAUCAGGUUUCAGAGCUUGGGCCAUUUGUCCUCUUUUCCAAGGAAUCGGUAUAUCGUCCACAAUCGUCGUCUUCUUCCUGAAUUGUUAUUACAAUAUCAUCCUGUGCUGGUCCUUCUACUAUAUGUUUAGUUCCUUCGCUCUGGAACUUCCGUGGACAAAGUGUGGAAAAUGGUGGAACUCAGAGAAUUGUUACGAUUUCACAGAAGCCCAGAGUGACUUUGUCACCAAUGUCACCGGCAGGGAUUUCUUCAAAGAACUCGUCUGCAGCAAUCAAACUCGCACGUACAUUGCUGUCUAUAACAACAGCGGAAACAUUUUUAACGAGAGCUUUGUUAACCAAUCAUGCAUUCCCAAACACUUGCGUCUUGAUGCUGUGCAGGAAUUCUGGGAAAACAAAGUUUUGAAUAUUUCUGAUGGAAUUGAACCAGAGAGCAUGGGUGAGAUCAAGUGGGAUUUGGCCUUGACCUUGCUGUUCGCCUGGGUUGUCGUCUAUUGCUGUAUAUGUAAAGGAAUCAAAUCAUCUGGAAAGGUCAUGUAUGUGACAGCAACAUCGCCAUAUUUGUUCAUGGCAGCAUUGCUUAUCCGAAAUGCGCUUCUUCCGGGAGCAAAAGAAGGUGUCAUCUUCUAUUUAAAGCCAGAUCUAGCAAAAUUGGCUGACCUUGAGGUAUGGGUGGAUGCUGGUACACAGAUUUUCUUUUCCUAUUCUAUAGCCAUCGGGGCUCUGACAGCUCUGGGAAGUUAUAACACCUUCAACCAUAAUUCAUACAGAGAUUGUAUCAUAUUUGCCUGUGCUAACAGUGGUACCAGUUUCUUUGCUGGGUUUAUCAUUUUCACCAUUCUUGGACACAUGGCGGACGUUCAGGGUGUAGAUAUCGCAGAUGUGGCUGCUGGGGGUCCUGGACUUGCAUUCAUCGCGUACCCUAAGGCAGUGUCCCUCAUGCCCGGGGCUCCUAUAUGGUCCAUCCUGUUUUUCUUGAUGUUGAUUCUGCUAGGACUGGACAGUCAGUUUGUGGGUGUAGAAGGUGUCAUUUCUGCUGUUGUUGACCAAUGGCCGAAUUUGUUGCGCAGAGGCUACAGGAAAGAGAUCUUCAUUGGGAUUGUGUGUGUCCUCAAUUUUUUUAUAGGACUUUCUAUGGUUUCAAGGGGAGGAAUGUAUGUUUUUCAGCUGUUUGAUUACUACUCUGGGAGUAAAAUCAUCCUCUUCAUAGCUUUCUUUGAAUGUAUAGCCAUUGCAUGGAUUUAUGGUGUACGACGGUUCUAUGACAACCUUGAGAUGAUGCUGGGAUUCCGUAUCAACCCAUACAUGAUGGUGGCCUGGACAGUUCUCUCCCCUAUCUUUUGCAUGUGUGUCUUUAUCAUGAGUGUGGUAAACUAUUCGGAGUUGGACUACCAGAGACCUACUAAGCCUAAGUACUUUUUCCCCACCUGGGCGGUGGGUAUUGGCUGGGGAAUGGCCGCCUUCGCAGCCAUAUGGAUUCCCCUGAUGAUGAUUUAUCGGUUCAUUAAAUUAGGAUUUUCCCUAGAGACAUUAAAGUACUUGACAACACCACAAGGACUCAAAGAUCAUCAGCUGCGCCCACAGGAUGGCAGACCCACGAUCAUGAAGGCGGGGCCUGCCUCCAAAUACCAGGCAGAGGACAACCCCCCUCCAUACAACGAAAAGAGCGGCAAUGCAAAUCCAGCAUUCCAAUCCGACAGUGGAAUCAACACAAAAUUAUAACUCAAAGAGACCUACUUUUAAUGUAUUCUAGCAUAAUUGAACUUUUUGUCAGAAACUGAAUUGAUAUUUUGUCAAUAGAUAUCAGGAUAAACUGGUGUUCAAAACAAAUGGCUUGCUCACAUUCAAGUUUCAGUCAUACAUAUUUUUGUUUUGUAUAAAUUUUUGUAUAUUUUAUAUUUUUAAGAAGUUUUAUAUUUGUCCCUCAUUUCAAAUUCUCUGUCUAUUAAUUACUAUCCUCCCAAGUUUCUAUAUUUUGGCUGUGAAGUUUUUCUUUUAUAACAUCAAUUAUCAUGUUAGAUCCCAAAAGGGUUUCAAUUUAUAUGACAUUUUGGCAACUGAAGUAUAAAAGUUGAAAUAAUUUCAGUGAUAUAUAAAUCUUGCUUGCUGUUCAGUGAUUUCUUUUUUUGAAUUUUCUAAAGCAGAUACAAUAGAAGAAUUGUAUAGGUAACUUGUGAUAAUAAAAUACAGAGUCCCAGAUAAUUUCUCAAAAUACUUAUUUACAAAGAAGUAAUCUCAAAGAUUAAUGGUUCUUGUUAUUUGUUGUAUUUUAAACUUCACUCAUUUUUACAAUGGUUUUAUAAAUGUUUUGAACACAGACAUUUUAGUAGUACAUGUAUAUAACUGUUGUCUGAUUUUUUUCCUCUUCAAUUUAUAUAUCAUUGUGCAAUUUGUAUUACACGUACUGUACACAAUUUCCAUAGAUUGGACCUAUAUUUAUUUUUCUCCAAUUUAUUUUUACUUAACACAAUAUUACACGGGAGUAUUAGAGUGUUAGUGUAAGAUACAUAUCAAUGUGGAAAGAUACAUAUCAUUAUAGAUGCCUGACAAACUUUGUCAUUUUAUAUUCCUCAAAAUAUUUUUAGCAAAAUAAUAUACACUUUAUUUCCUAAUAAAAGACAAAGGGAAAAA